GUAAACUUACUUUAUGUAAAACAUACGGCAAUAAUUGAACACCAGGUGUCCUUCGCUAAUGGUUCGUUAUUGUAGUUCUACUAAGCCUCAACACAUUGCGUAGAGAGUACGAGCUACAUCGUUUAACUUUUUCGAAUAAAAAAAAAACGCUCAUUAACUUUUGACUUGGGAAUUAGGACUGCAAAGGUUAAUUUGUAUUCGGGGACGGCGACUGUCUGUUGGUCUGCCCAUCUUGAAAAUACCGUGAAAACCGCAUAACCUUUCUUUUUUCAACACUCUAGAAAUCAACAAAGACGAAUACGCGGCGUUCUCACGUCAUUUUCUCUUUUUGGGCGUGAAACAAUGGAAUCAUCGGGGAGGCGCCAAGCCAACUUGACCCGCUUCUCUAGCGAGCUCCCCGUCAGAUCGAGCGCGGGCGAAAACAUCCCAAAAACGAAAGCGAAAAGCGCCGUUCUGCCGCGAGCCACUCGAGAAAAAAGUGAACAGCCCGAUACAGCGAGCGUUCGGCUCGCUCGCGAACGGUGAGCCCCUGCGCGAUCCGUUCGGAGACGCCGCCGCCGCCGACGCUGGCGCGUUCGAGCGCACGUCGACGUAGUCGCCCGCGCAACCUUCGCCCAAGCUGCCGUCCCUCGCCCACACAGCCCUACACCGGCCGACGGCGGCAGAGCAACAACAUGGCGGUCGUCCUCACUCCGCGCUUCCCCGAGCCCCCGCCAGACGGCGAGACCAUCUCUCCUCUCCCCAUUGGUCAGCACGCUACCACGUGACUCAGUCGCGCGGGGCUCCACGGGACGCUGGAAAUGGAGGGGGGGAGGAGGGGGGAUCCCCCCCCCAUCGGUCGGCGUCGACUGCGAACGCGUUUUUCCCCGGCGCGCGCGUUCAGUGGGCGAUCAGCCAGUCGGUGGAGCGGUAGCGCUGUUGUUCGCUGGCAGCGCGGCGCUCUCGUGUGCGUGGUUUCGUUGUUUCGCGCUUCGGUUGCCGCUUUUGACAGGCGGUCCAGCCUCACCGGAUUUGUGCGUGUCCUAUUCCCUGGCCUGUUUCAUCACGAGGAGGCAAGGACUUCCCAGACGAAAUCGUCCGGCCGUCAUCCUGUGCCCGCCGACACCAGACGCCUAUGGCAUGGGGGUAGAAGUCAGCCCGCUGCACGCACGCAGGUUUAAGAGUGCAGCCGUUGCGCCCCCUUUCCAUGUGAGCGCCAUGUUCCCGGAGGCCCAUCCGCGCGGCGUCAAGCGGAAGGCCCGCUGCCUGGACGACCUCUGCGACGACCUGGAGCAGGGCGACGAAGAGGAGGAGGACGACGAGGAGGAGGACUCCAGCUCGUCCAGUUCGUGUUCGUCGGGCGCCAGCUCGACGUCCACGUCCUCCGUGGACGACCUGCGCUCCUACUCGCGGCGCCGCCACGUCGUCUUCAACAUGAGCCUGUGCAAGCUGAGCCGCUUCCGCCAGGCCGCCGACCCGAGCCUCCUCCGGUCCGUGCUCGUCUGCAACACGCUGCGAGCCCUGGAGCGGGACCUGGGGCCGCCCCCGCGGGGCCCGGACCCUCCCCCGGCCCACCUGGCGGCGCAUCACCACCACCAUCACCACUACGGGUCGCAGUGCCACGCGUCCCACUACGCGGACGACUGUUACGACCGGUGUCCGCCUUCCGGAGGCGACGGCGGAGGACGCCUCACACCCUUCGUUCGCUCGUCUUCGAUGACGAGCCCGGCCACCGAGCUGGCGCCCUUGUGGACGGACGAAGACCGGCUGCCCAGCCUCAACUGGAGCUCGGUGCUCAACUUCGGCUCGGGCCCGACGGCGCAGCAGUCCCCACCGACUCCGAACCUGCCCCACGACCCCCCUCCCCAGGGCUGCGGGGUGGACCCUGCCUGCGGUCCCGCGCCGUCGGCGGCGCCACUGUACACCCUACUUCCGGCGCACAACGGCCACCACCACCAGCAGCAGCAGCACCAGCAUCACAGCAACGGCGGCGUGGUGACGUCAUCUUCGUCCCAGUCGUCGUCGAGCAACAGUAGCGGCAGCAGUAGCGACGAGAUCUUCGGAGACAUCGACCUGUCCCUGUACGACUUCGAUCUCCUUACUCCGCUCUCUCCGCCGAGUGUCAAGUUGGCCCCCGUGACCGCCGAGGACUUGAUGCGCUCCUUGGCCGCGUCGUCGCAAUCGGACUGUGUGGUGACCACCAUGGCCGCGUCAUCGGCCGCCGCUUCCUGCCAGCUUGUCGCGUCCUCGGGCCAGCAGGUCAACUUCUGCUACAAGGGCAUCGGGGAAGACCACGUGGCCACCGUCAUGUCCUGAGGGUCCUUGAGACCCCGCUCUUGUACAUAGACACCCCCUACGUCCUCCAUGACUUCAUCUAAGAGCCACUCAUCUCUACGUAGAAAUACCGUUCUGUAGACCAAGGUCGUUCCUGCGAGCACGCGGGUGUCGUGGGCCGCCUCUGAGACGCUUGCUGAGGUCGCUUGCUUCACGGCGUGUGUGAUCAGAGUCUGCCUACGACCGCCGUUUUGUCCUCUUGCCCGUAGGUACGAGGUUAGUCUACAGGGAGAUCAGUGUCUAGCAGCAAAACGCGUGUCUUGCCAAAGAAGCCGCAAUCGCUUGUCGAAAUGCCGCGCUAGCGAUCCCAGCGCCGCGUCCUGUCGCGGCGGUGCCACCACCAAAAUGUAGUUUCCCUUCAUUCGCAGAAAGACAAAACGAUCCACUAAAUUUCUAAAAAUAAAAGAAGCAAACUGCUUCUAUGAAGCUCAAACAGCCAACGAUUAUUCGGUGAAGGUCAGAUUUGUCCCGCAUUGGACCUGUACGCCGGAUCAUGGACCACUCACUAGAUGGCAUCCGACGCGACUGCGGCGCCACUAGCGGCGGCAUUCCGCGCGGUCAUGUUUGGCGGUGUACAUAGUUCACACAUUCUCCGUUCUUGCCGCCUUGCGCAAUUUCGUGCAAGAAACAAAACGAAAAAGUAUUAUUUCUGUACAUGUAUAUAUUUUGUUUUUCUUGACAGCGUCCCUGCCCGGGUUCGCUUUGUACAUAAGAACUCGCAUAAUUACGUAUUCAGACGCGCGUCCGCGUUCGACUCAAGACAUAGCAGACAGCUCAAAUGGCCCACUGGGAAAGAAGAAAUAAUAUUACGCGAGGGAUGUCAUUGAUCUCAAGAUGGAAUAUAUAUACAUAUAUAUAUAUAUUACAAAAAGAUAUACCUCGAUUCAUGCGAUAUCGUGCGUGCUCAAAUCAAAGCGUGCCCUUUGCAGCUUUUGGCUUGCUACGCUGGCAGAUUGAUCACAACAUAGCCGAAUGCUUUACUAGGGGGGUCACAUUCUACUCCGCUCAUUUGCAUUGUUAGACAGCGCUCCUACGGCGCCAAGUCGUCCCCUAGCGGUGUGGGCAUCGCGCGGCGCCGAGGGAGAGGUUGGCCACUGGCGUGCCGAGAUACCGGGCUCGACGAGACAAAAAAGACGGCUGUCUCGACCGGCGCUCGAGAUGCCCACGACGGUAGAUGGCGGCAGGCACCCAUCCUGAUUCAAAGGGGAGAAACCUCGAGGCAUGCGGCGCAUCCAACCGUUCCAACUACGCAAAGUCUGUCCGCGCCAAGGCCUUUGGAUUGUCGUGGAGUGAGAUGCAUUCCCCUAGUAAAGUAUUUGGCAUGGCCAAUGUGCACGGGUGAGGGGGAAAGAUCGGCGUGGAAACCAAUCAGUCAGUCACUCGAUCUGCGGAUCGACUGGUCUCAAUCAUCACGGGAGGGGAAUUUUAGCUUCUCUUACUAAUAAUGUCCGUAAUUCGCAGCUACAAAAAAAAAAAAAAAAACAAGCCAAGCUUAUUAACAAGCAGCAGCAAUAAUCUGUGUGGCAAUAACGAUGCCAAACGUUGAGAAAAUACGCGUAAAUUGAGGAAAUAUCACUCUUUUUCGCUCUUUUUGCCGCCUCUAGCAGAUCACGGAGCAAUAAAAAACGUUACAGUUGGGCCGUAGAUUUUCCGGUAUUUAUUUCCAUGGGAAAUCGGCGGAUCAUUUUCGGUGUUCAUUAUUAUUAUUUUAAUAUGGCUUCAGCGAUCUGUUUUGGACGAACGCUAUAAACGGUGAUUAUCAGAGAAAAGAAAUCUUCUAAAAAAGUAAAAGUUCAAGUCUAAGCAGAGAGGGAGCGUUUCGACAAAAACAAUCUUAGCUGAAACAAGCAUUUCAAGAAAUCAUUUUUUUCUUUUUUUUUCAGUUUUAACCGAUUUCGUAUGUUUUUACAUCGGCUGACGUUUAUCGGUGUUCUCCGGCUAAAACCUGGAAGUCUACGGCCUAAAUAUAAUGCCCCGAUUCUUUCAGCACUUGCCAACGGGACGUGAAAUCUCUUUGUCCCCUUCUCUCUCUAUUCCUUUCUCUCUCUCCCUCUUAGGAAAUCAACGUUCAAUUAGAACGAGAAAGAGAAAUGCGCGACAAAGAAGUAAAAAAAAAAGAAGAUAUGAGAAACGAUGUUCAGCCAUUUUUCCGUACGUUGUGUGCGCUUUGAACGGGUCGGUCUAUGUCGCUAAGCUGGCGCUUUUUCUUUCCAUGCAGAGGGCCGCCUUGCAUCACACACACACACACACAUACAAAAACAAAUAUGAAGUGCCUUUUCAUACGCAUGUCAUCCUAGAGUCGUACGUACUGCAUUGAAGUCAGACAGAACAGCGGUAGGUUUCAAACUACAUGGUCCCUAUUGAAAAGAAAAGAAAAACAAAAUUUCAUGGUUUGUCCAGUGAGCAUAUCAGAAUCACAAAUUAAGUAAGGCGUUUAUAGGUCCUUAUAUUUUCUCCCUAAUUUUUUUUUAAAUUUUAUUUGGAGAUUGGACGAAUAGAGAAGUAAAUUGUCUUGCUAUUGAUAUUGUUUGCUUUUAAAAUCACCGGCCAGAGACUACUUAAAAAACAAAAUGGCGUACGAGAUGAACUUGGAUUGAGGAAGCUAUCCAGCCAUGUAGCAGGGAAAAUCGACCGUAUAACUCAUAAAAUCACGUAGAGAAAGAAAGACCAGCUUGCUUUUAUAUCCCUUUUAAAAUAUCUUGGUGCUCCUCAAUCUUUUUGCACAAUAAGAAAAAAAAUAUUAUAUCUGAUCAAACGGUAUCAGAACUCGCUCGCUUGUCCAAUCAGACCAGUCUCGACAAAAGCUUGAUGAAUGGAUCACUGCUUCUUUUCUCCCUCUGACGGGGGGUGGUAACCUACGCCGGCUAGCGGCAGAUCUAAUUGGUGGUGUUCUUGGAUUAAGUCCAUAAAGGUAUAGGAAUCAUUUCCGUUAGUUUUAAGCUUAAUGUUUUUUUUUGUUUUUUUUUUUUUCCUUGAUUUGCAAGACGCCAGUGACACCAAGAUCGGUUUAUUAAAAGAGAUAGGUUGGAAGUUGAGCGGCGUCAUCUCGCGGUUGCUCACUGCAAAUUCGGUAUCCAGUGUGUGCUUUUUUUUUUUUUUUUUUUGGGGGGGGGGGGGGGGGCGAUAUGAGGGAAAGGUCCGCAGGAUUGUGGGUGGAUAGCGGCGAUACCUGCCACCUAGUCCCCAGAACAUGACCAAACAUUCAAACCGCACAGGGCUUGAAGCUCGACCGUUCAACACUACAUCGCUACACUGGUGUACAACCACGGACAAAAAGGAAAACAAAAACAGUACCGCUAGUCCUCCCACGCCUUCUAGACGUAACAUGUUUUCUCACGAUACCCUUUCGGCGCGCCGUGCGCCUGCAGCACCCCUUGGAUGGCAAGGCCGUAGCGCCCAAUUCGCAACGUCGUCUACAAAAGGGCCAGCGCGGGACACUGACUGGAUACGAGUGCUACAUCAGCACUCGUGCUCAAUCAGUGACGACCCGAAUCCUAGCCGAACGCUGAUGUCACGCUGUCCAUCUGCCCCGGCCCUCUUUGUUGGUGACGUGGCAAAUCCAGAUCUUCGGCCUUGUUGUCUAACUCAGGUGCCGGCCAGAGCCACUUGUAACGCCAUGCGUUGCAAAUAGGCGUGACAAAAUAGCGGCUAUUAGGCGUGACCGGGAUGCGAGUGUACUACGGUCUGUCGGGCCACCGGUCAUCUGGUGCUUCGUGUUGGUUGACGACGAUAAAAAAAACUAGGUAUGUGUGCGACUCAAGUCUUUCUUACGAGUCCACAAUACUCAUACAUCCGAGACUAGUGUUUUACGCAUCACUGAGGAAGGUAUGAGCGUGCAGGUUGUCUCAACCGGUACUUCAGUCGCUCGAGCACACGAGUAGCAGAAGCUCCCUGAGGACUUGGUGCACCUGCUCACGUCUUUUCCCCGCUCUUAGUCUAUACUUGCAGUCGCCGGAUGGCGCUAAUGUUCCAGUUUAUUUCGUCCGUGACUGUACUUGAACGCGUUUCCGUACAUACAGCUCGGCCUUUUUUGUUGAUGACUUGUUUUACCUCCUUAAUUUUGCAUAGAAUCGCCACACUUAUGCAAAGCGGCCAACGUCAGAGUACGAAAGAAUAAAGCGCGAGCAAGAAUUUUAACGAGAGAUUUAUAUAUAUAUUAUAUAUAUACAUUCAUCAUACAUUAUAAAUAUAUAUGAAAUAUAUUUAAAGCGAAGCGUCGAGAUGUUACAAAGUGUAAUAUAUAUAAAUAUGUGAAACGACAGUCAGACCUCUCGCUCUCUUCUACCCCCUCUCAUCAUCACACACGCGAAGCGAACGGUUCGCGAGUGUCGGGUGCAGAACACACACCGUACCGAGACAUUUUGCCAUAUUGUUACUGUUUGAUGAAAAGAGAAUAAAACGAAACAUAAAAAAGAAACAUCCGGGAGGAUGACUUGUUUCCGCCGACAAUAAACUGCGGACUUGACAAAAAGA